AUGGCUGACAAUACUGGUCAACAGUCCAUUUGGUGGACGAUCUUCUCCCGUAGUACUCUUGUCAUCGUCGCAACCUGCAUCACAAUCUGCACUGCCACCAUCUCUGUACCGGUCCUGUUCGUUAUGUUUGUCCUCGUGGCAAUAUCACCAGAAUAUUUCUCCAACAUGUCCUUUGGAAUCGACACAAACCACAUUCGUUUGGAUUUGAAGAUCACCUCCGGUCAAAUGCGUGCCGGAGUCGCUAGUCCUCACCCAACGAUUUCUCCUCCAACAACCCCACAGGACAAUCGAUCUUCAAGCACUCGAUCUACAACACUUCAAUCCCCGAGCCGUCAAUCUCCCAGCCCCCGAUCUCCUUCAGGUCCAGCCGCAUACACAUGGGUACGUCAGUACCACUCUCAGCAACCAACACCCCUCAACACAGCCUUUGCCGCCCAGCAACCGUACACAUGGCGAGCUGCAUCCGGCCACCUGCCCUCAAACGCGAACAUUCAAAACUCCUUGCCACCAUAUCUCCCACCCAUCUCAGAACCAGAACCCAUUCCUAUGGCACAACUGCCUUCCCGAUACGGCGCAUACACCUCCAUGGACACCACGCCUCCUACUCGUUCUGCCCCCACCACCUCACCUCCGCUCCGCCGUCGUCGUCGACGUCCCAGCUCCAAUUUCUCAUGGGAUGCGGAUGAUAGGCUGCCUCCUGCUCGUCCUGAUGAAGUGAUUACUCCCUCGCGUCCAGGAGCUUUGAGAAGGACGACUGCAGAAUCCAUGCCAGGCCUAGUUCACAUUGUGGAUGAUGACUCUGGGGAUGAAGCCCUGCCGGUUUAUGAUAGGCCUCCGGAGUAUGAUGACGAGGCGCACAGUCAACCACCGCUGAGAUGA